AUGGCAGCGCCCAGCUCCUUGUGGCUCCUGGCUGUCGCCCUGCUGCCCUGGUCCUGCACUGCCCGAGCGCUGGGGCAUCUCAAGCAGCCGGCACCGCUGCCACUGGUGAUCUGGCAUGGGAUGUGUGUUUUUGGACUCCCUGGAUGCCCAGGAGAGAGCCCUCACAUCUGUGACUUUAUCAGAAAAACACUGAAAGUUGGGGCUUACUCCAAAGCUGAAGAACGCCUGGUGCAAGGAGAAUAUUGGCAUGAUCCCAUAAAGGAGGAUGUGUACCUCAACCACAGCAUCUUCUUGGCAAAUAUAAAUCAGGAGCGGAGUGUCAAUGAGGCCUACAAAAAAAAAAACCUCAUGACCCUGAAGACAUUUACAUUUGUGAUGAAAUUCCUCAAUGACUCCAUUGUGGACCCUGUAGCUUCUGAGUGGUUUGGAUUUUAUAGAAGAGGCCAAGCCAAGGAAACCAUUCCCUUACAAGAGACAACUCUGUACAUACAGGACCGCCUGGGGCUAGAGGAAAUGGACAAAGCUGGACAGCUGGUGUUUCUGGCUAUAGAAGGGGACCAUCUUCAACUGUCUGAAGAAUGGUUUUAUUAUGCCCACAUCAUACCCUUCCUUAAAUGA